GGUAACACAGGCUCCAUCAGUAUUUCAUACAGUCCGUGGGCUGAAUACUAUAACAGCAUGAUGGCAACAGAUUCAAGCAAGUUUCCUACGUGGUUUAUCGCCUUUGCUUUGGUCUUCCUCCUUGUGUCAGCCGUCCCUUCAAGGGCAGAUGUGAAUACAGGAAGCCACCCGUGUGUCGAUGGCACGUACGUAAAUGAGGGGUUAAGCUGCUGCCUGUGUAGCGCUGGUCAGUACCUAGAGGAUCACUGCACUGCAGAUCUACAAUAUGGAGUAUGCAAGAAAUGUGGUCCAAAUACGUACAGCAGUCAGCCUAAUAAAGAGAAGAACUGUGAACGCUGCACAUCCUGCACACAAAUCAGUGCCAAUCUAGAAGUGGCCGAAUCCUGUACAGCUGCCAAGAACGCCAAGUGUCAAUGUCAAAAGGAACACUAUUGCAGCAGUGGCAUAGAACCCUGUAGAAUCUGCGAGCCUUGUAAAAAAUGUGGUGCUGAGGGCAUUAAGGUUGACUGCACAGCCAAAAAUAACACAGUCUGCAAUGAUCCAAUUGAAAAAGGGAUCAAUGCAGGGACAAUAGCCGGCUCAAUCAUUGGAGUUUUAUUAGUCAUUGGAUUAGCUCUUUUUGCAUUCUUCUGUUGGAAAAAGAAAUCAGGGAGUAGAAAUCUUACAAAUGAGGAUCCUGAGGAAAGGAAGCCUAUUAAUGUUCCAGAGUGGGAUCUCCAGCCUAACCUGUAUGCAAUUGCAGAAGCCAUUGGAUGGGCCGAUAUGUGUAUGGUAGCAACUUGCAGCAAAGUACCAGACACUGUUAUUAGUGCUUGUGAACGUGACAACCCUCAUGACACGCAGCAGCAGACAGUUGAACUACUAAAGAACUGGGAGGAGAGGCAGGGCAGGCAGGCCCCAAAGAAGUUGAUCGCUAUCCUACAAACUAAUGGCAAACAGAGCAAAGCAGAGAAAGUGGGAGACAUAUUGUCUAGACCGCAUACCGUUUAAAUGUGUCUGUCGAACAGUGUCUACUGUAUGAAUUAUUGCUUUUAAACCAGUUGACAUGUUUAUGCAAUAGGAUUUAAUGUCAAUGCUGAUUUAAGAUUUUGUGUGUCUUUCUGUCCGUUAUGGAAACUUUGUUAGAGCAGAAUUGAAGGUUUGAUAAUGGAAGACUACUGUGACACUAUUUCUCAUCGCUGUACGUACAUCAGUACCAAAAUCAGUAUUGCCUGUGCUGUCACAGUAUUGUUCAGAUGUUGACAAGACUAGCUUUUAAAUACGCUGCCCCCUCGUCCUGGAAUAAUGUACAGAACUCAAAAUGAAAAAAAAAAAAUCGAAAUUACUUUAUUUAUCCCCAAGGGGAAAUCUUUUGAAUCUCUCCGUCCUGCAACGGAGAGAGAGAGGAGCCGUCCACUGCUGUUUUUUUGGUCCAUAAUUCAAGGACUAAGAAGGACUUGAAAUUGUCAGAGCCUAUUGCUCUGGAGAAAUCCAUUUUCGAGAGAAGUCCAUUUUCGAGAAAAAAGUACACUUGGUCAAUUUGUCAAGGUCUGAAAUUUCUUUGCUGAAAUAGUUUUUAAAAAAUGUUAUGCAUCAGAACCGUUUGAUAGCACUUUAAAUGUAAUACAUUAUCUGCUUUUAGCACUGUAUAAUUAUAGUUCUAA